AUGACCUCACCAUUCUCAAAAUUCCCACUCUCUUUCUUCUACUUCUUCCUCACUCUCAUGCCCUUCCACGUAAUUUCACAGUCCCCGGCCACCACCGCUGAUCAGACAACCCUACUCAAUCUCAAACAGCUAUGGCGGAGUCCGCCGUGGACAGCCUCCUGGAACUCCUCAUCCUCGCCGUGUACCUGGCCGGCGAUUGAGUGCACCGCCGGCACAGUCACCGGACUUCUCCUCCACGACAAAAACAUCACGGACACAAUCCCACCGUUGAUCUGCGACCUCAAAAACCUCACCGUGCUCGACCUCUCGUACAAUUACCUCCAGGGCGACUUCCCUACGGUUCUCUACAAUUGCUCCGGUCUCCAAUACCUAGACCUCUCUCAGAACUUCUUCGUCGGCCCAAUACCCUCCGACAUCGACCGGUUAUCCUCUCUCCAGUUCAUCAACGUCGGCGGCAACAAUUUCUCCGGCGAGAUCCCGCCGGCAAUCAGCCGGUUACCGGAGCUCCGGGCAUUGCACCUGUGGCAAAACCUGUUCAACGGCACGGUUCCGAUCGAAAUCGGAAAUUUAGCGAAUCUAGUGAAUCUAAGUAUGGCUUAUAAUACUCUGCUUUUGCCAUCGAUAAUUCCGAUAGAGUGGGGGAAUUUGAAAAACCUGGAGUACUUGUCGAUGACGAGGACGAACUUGAUCGGGAAAAUACCGGAUAGUUUUGCGAAUUUGUCCAGUCUUCAACACUUGGAUCUCGCUGUGAACCAUCUGGACGGUCCACUUCCUCAAGGACUGUUCCAAUUGAAGAACUUGAGUGAUGUCUAUUUAUACAAUAACAAUUUGUCCGGUGAAAUUCCGACUCCGAUCGAGUCACUGAACUUGAUCAAAUUGGACAUGUCCACGAACAAUUUGACAGGUUCGAUGCCAUCUGAUUUCGGAAAAUUGAAUCAAUUGAAAGUCAUGAUUCUGUAUACGAAUCAACUUUCCGGCGAAUUACCACCCAGCAUCGGCCAAAUCGCAGCCCUAGAGAUCUUCCGGGUGUUCGAAAAUAAACUCAAUGGUACUUUGCCGCCGGAAUUCGGUCUUCAUUCGAAACUCCAAUAUUUCGAGGUUUCCGACAACCAGUUCACCGGAGAUUUGCCUCAAAAUUUAUGCGCCGGGAAGACUUUAUUCCGCGUGGCGGCUUCCUCAAAUUCUUUCACCGGGACCGUGCCUGAAUCGCUUGGAAAUUGCCAAGCUUUGCGUGAUGUUCUGCUAUUCAACAACAAAUUUUCCGGUGAAAUUCCUUAA